CAGCGCUUGACGCCCGCCCGUUGUGGAAGACAAGACAACGGGCACUACCACCUUCACUCCCACUCAUGCCAUUGUCGACCGCCCCUCCUCACGCGUCAGCCGUCACGCACCCACGGAGCAGCCAUCUCAAACUCCGCGCUCCACUCCCUCACUUAUUAUCACGUAGUCUUAUACACCGCGCAACAACAUCGCCAUGGCCCGCUUCCGCCUCACCGAGGCCCUCAUCGCCUCCGACCCGGACGGCUUCCGGCGCGCCACCCAGUCCCCCUUCCUGCGCAACGCCGCCCGCGGCGCCGUGCCCAAGGACGUCCUCGGCCGCUGGCUCGCCAACGACCGCCUCUACAUCCACGGCUACAUCCGGGGCAUCGGCCGCCUGCUGAGCUUCCUCGCCCUGCCCGAGACGGUGCCGGAGCGGCGGCGGGGGGGGCCACACGCCGCUACAGGCAAGGACGCCAAGGCAGAGGCGGACGGCGAGGACGACGACGACGGCGAGGACACGCCGCCCACGCGGCUGCUGGCCUGGAUGAUCGACGCCCUCGUCAACAUCCGCCGCGAGGAGCGCUUCUUUGUCGACACGGCGCACGAAUUCGGCAUCGCCGUCAACCUCCCCACCUCGGCGGACGGACGCGUCCCCGACGAGGCCAAAAUCGAGGGCCUGCGCCGCUUCGAGGCCCUCUUUGCCGGCCUGGCGCCCGGGCAGGGCGACGUCCUGCCGUGGCUCGAGUGCGCCGUCGUCUUCUACGGCACGGAAAAGUGCUACCUCGAUGCGUGGGCCUACGCCAAGGGUCUGCUCCGGGAUGACAGCGGCGCUGACCCGGCCGCGGACGCCGACGGGGGCGCCCUGAGAAAAGAGUUCAUCCCCAACUGGACGUCCGAGGAGUUUGUCGAGUUUGUGGACGAGCUCGGGGACCUCAUCGACGCGGCUGUGGACGAUGAGAUACGCCGGGGCGGCGAGGGGGUCAAGCAGGAGCUGCUCCAACGGUCAUUGAUCAAGUGGCGGGAAAUACUGGCUGCGGAACAGCCGUUUUGGCCCGCCAUGGAGGGAUAGUUGUCAUAGGGGCUCAUUUAAUUCGUGUUAUCAUGCAG